AUGGCGCUGCAGUUUAACUUAGUCAAAUUUAUUCUAGUUGUCGCUGUAGUCUUUGUCAUUGUUCAAAUUCUCAUUACACUGCAUUUCUCGUCCAAAGACUGGCCUGACGACCAUCCAAUUCAAGGAAGAAAUCAUAUUGAUGAUUUUCAUAAGAGAAUCAAAUCCCACGUGGGUCUAGGGGACAAACCACACAGAGAGGAGGCAGCUUUCAAAUCCAAGACAGCUAGAGAUAUAUCACACAACAAAAAUACUCCAAACAGACAUGAGCCUCCAGUGCUUGAGAUGCCAUACAAACCGCCUUGCAAGCCAAAACAUAAGGAUGCAAAUUCUGCUCUACGAAGAGUCAAAUCAGAGACAUGUAGGAGAGAAAUUUAUAAAAUAUCUUGCUUAUCAGAAUCAAAUAAGUUAUAUAUGAGAGGAAUCAAAAGGUAUUGUCCUUUACCACAAAGUAGUAAAUCUCCUGCUAAAUCUAUCAAUGAUGCGAAGCCUGUGCCAUAUGGACCUCCUAUCAGGAUUGCAUAUAUUUUGACUCUACAUGGAAGAGCGUUCAGACAAGUUAAAAGACUCUUUAAAGCAAUUUAUCAUAGACAACAUUAUUAUUAUUUUCAUAUUGAUACGAGGUCAGAUUAUCUUCGUCGUGAAGUUGCCAACCUCAUAAAAGACUUCCCAAACACUGCACUUGCUCCUUGGAGUAUGUCAACAAUAUGGGGAGGUGCGACAUUGUUACAGAUGUUGUUAAGAUGUAUGGAAGAUCUUAUAAAAAAGAAAAAUUGGAAGUGGGACUUCUUUAUUAAUAUUAGUGGAUCUGAUUAUCCUAUCAAAGAUAAUACUGCAAUUACUCGUUUCCUGAGAUCGCAUAGAGAUCAAAACUUCUUAAAGCCGCAUGGCAGAGAUCUAAACAGGUUUAUCAAAAAGCAAGGAUUAGACAGAACAUUCCUACAAUGUGAUGAUCACAUGUGGAGGCUCGGAAAUCGUAGCCUUCCUCCAGGCAUAGAUAUUGAUGGCGGAAGUGAUUGGAUUGCCUUGAACCGCAAAUACUGCCAUUAUCUCGUGACGUCAACCGAUUCCCUAGUAACGGGACUAAAGCACAUGUAUAAAUAUACUCUGUUACCAGCUGAGUCGUUUUUUCAUACUGUCCUUCGCAAUGGCCCGCUGUGUGAGAACUGGAUUUCAACCAAUCUUCGUCUCACAAAUUGGAAGCGAAAGCUUGGCUGUCGAUGUCAGUACAAACACAUUGUGGACUGGUGUGGCUGCUCACCAAAUAAUUUCAAACCCGAAGACAUGACCAGAAUAAAGAGUCAAUCGCACAAUUAUUUUGCCCGUAAGUUUGAAGCAAUUGUGAACCAAGAAGUCAUCAACGAACUAGAUGCGUGGCUGUACGGGGAAUUUCCACCAAACACCAAAGGACUUCAUUAUUAUUGGGAAAACAUGUAUCACCAUGACGACAACAUCACCAAAACAUCUGACGCCUUUCUGACAUUCUUUUACUCGUUCGGUCGCAUAGCAACCAAACAAUUAUCACGUGACCACGAAGACAACUGCGAGUUAUUACGCAAAGGGCCGAUAAAAGAGGUUGCGUAUUUUAAUCAGCAUGAUCAGUUUAGUGGGCUGUUGGUUUUGUUUGAUGUGGAGUACGUCACAAAGAAGGGAGAGAGGAAAUCGUUGACGGUGGAGUCGUGGGUCUCACCGAAUUCGUUUGAAGAGCUGAUGAAUCUGAAUAUGACGAAAGGACCAGAACGACUUGUUUCACUUGAUGUUGGUACAGGGUGGGAUCAAAAAGAACGCGUCUUCAGGAACUUGGCUCGUCUCAUCAGUCCAUAUGACGAUCCUAUCCUCGUGCAUCGUUGGGUACACGGAGAAGAGUUUGAUGUCAAGAUCAUGUGGGUAGACCCUAUCAACGUCGUUUCAGGAGUCUACGAGAUGCACGUUGUUAACAACUGGGUUGUGUCGUUUCACAAGCCUGCAUUUAAGAAACCAAUGCGACCAGGAAAAUGGACGCUUAAGAUGAUCUACACACAAAAAGGUGAAGACAUGGUCAUUGGUGAAACCACUUUUUUGGUCAUUCCUCUCGGUUUUUACCAAGGGACGCGUGCGCCAGUUGAAAGAGCAAUGGAAACCAACCAUGGUCCCCCCGGGGGAAUAUACAACACAAAUGAUUUUUUGAUUGAAUUUGACCGCGAGGCCAACAAUACAGAAGCUGCGGCUAAGGAAGCCACUAUAAAUGCGAGGAAGUCUGGAGACGAGCUGGAUAGAUGGAUUGAUAAAGUAGUAGGUGAAUUUUGGACAGUUGAAGGUACUUGUCUUGUUGAGGGCGAAGUUCCUGACUGCCUUCGGAUUACUCCCUGUAGUGAGAUUGAAUGGAGUUCAAGGUCACCUGAUCCAAAAUCUGCCAUCGGGAAAGUCAAGGCUGAUGGAAGAAUUCGGUGACAAAAAAAUUCUCAAAAUUAGUUUAAAAUGUUUAAAUUAUUCCUGCUUCUGACUUCUACGGAUUUCGAAGUCAGCAUGUGACCAGCAUAAAAAAAUCCGGCAGUGUUUUCAGUCAUGCGCACUUUUUCUGCCUUCAGUUUAUUUAAGUGUUCGCUAAGAGGAAAAACGAAGGGCUAUGACAAUGAAAAUAUGAAAUUUAAU